AUGGGCUGCGCAAAAGCAAGUCCGCGUACGUCUUUGAAGUUAAAGAGCAAGGUAAAAAAGAAACCGGGAGUCGACUCCUGCUGGCACGUAGCCGCACUGGGAUUCCUGACAACGUUCUUCAUCACGAUCACCGUCUCCAACUCGUCUUUCUUCUACCUGGGUUUCAUACAAGAGUACGGCGUCACCCGAGAGGCCGCUACGUGGCCCAGCAGCGUCAUAUGGGUGUUGUCUCACUUGUCCGGUUUACCCUUGGCAGCACUACAGCGGAGAGUAUCCCUAUACAAGAUUUUUCUCCUUGGAGGACUGCUGUCCUGGGUGGGAGUCUUAGCAUCUGCGUUUGUACCGACCAUGGCGUGGAUGGCGGUGACACUGGGCGCGAUUCACGGUCUCGGAAUCGGCAUCAUUGCAAUAGCGCUUAGCAUCCUCCUUUCAUUAUACUUUGACAAGUACAGAUGCUUAACACAGGGAAUUAAGUAUGCUGGAGCAUCGUGCGCUGGACUGAUUUUUCCCAAGUUGUUUGCUUACUUACAGCAAGAGUACGGCUUCCGGGGUACACUUCUCAUAUACGGAGGCAUCACUAUGCACGUGUCUGCACUUUGUCUUCUGCUCAAAGAGCCAUCCUGGAUACGCUUGAAUACGAGCCAAGAAGCUACGGGAAAUACGAAAAAAGAGCUUUCAACCGUAAUACAUACAAUAUCGGUUGACCGUAAUAAACCUGAAAAAGGAUCAACGACCAGUGACACACCAGAGGUCAAGGAACGUUAUCCCACGCUCAAGUUAUUACUCAAUCCUAUGCUUUACGUCGUUCUUACGAUGGCAGUUGUGACAGACUUUACCGGAGCUGCAUAUCUUUCUACCCUGGUCGACUACGCGGUAGACAAAGGCCUGUCAAUCGAGGAUGCAGAGUCCCUUGUCAUCUACGGAUCCUGCAGCGAGUUCGUUGGGCGUCUGUUCCUUCCCCUUAUGGCGGACGCAGGAUGCAUACGACGCAGUACCUUAGUAACGGUUAACUUCUUUGUAUGGGGAUGUUCUAUGAUGCUGAUGCCGUAUGCAACAAUUCACGUUCACAUCAUUAUCGUGUGUUCGUUCGUAUACCUCGCCUCCGGGUGCCUGCAGCCUAUGAGGAGCGUCCUCAUAGCUGACUACAUCGGUGUCCAGUGGCUCUCAACGUGCUACACAUUCUCGGGCUUUAUCUUGUUGCCUCUUAUUUUUUGCAACCCAUCAAUAAUAGGGUUCUUUCGAGAUGCCCGGGGAAGUUACGACGGUUUGUACAGACUUUACGGUGGAAUACAUCUGCUCGUCUCCGUUCUCUUCCUCGCCGUCGUCUGCAUUGAAAGAAGACACUCGGCUAUUUGGACGCUCAGCGAGAAUACGCAGGAAAAGAACUGGUGGAAAUAA